GUGAGUGCAGCUGGAGGAAAUGCAUAUGUACAUAGUUACAUAUGCAUACAGAUAUCGGUGACAAAGAAUGAAAUUUGUACGUAUAGUUCGUAAAUGUGGCUGCACCUCUGAUUUUUUAUAUGUUCGACUAACCACAUACACAUACUUACAUAGAUACCGUCUGUGUCCUACUGUCAUAAGUUAAGAACGACGCCAGAAAUAAGUGAUAGAAGUGCUAGUACAUCAAAUUCUUUGACACUCAAACUCAAACACUAUCAAUGAAUCCAACAUCUUCUUUUAGUACUCAGUCUCUAACAUCAGCAUUACCUUUAAUUAGUAUACUGCAUUCACAACCUGUUACGGCAGCAGAAGAUUUUAACCGCGAUAAUGAGAAAAAAUUCUCUACUGACCUUAUUUCGGAAAAGAUAGUAUUAACAAAACGGUGUGUCGAUAUUAGCACCCAAACGGAUGCCCUAAGUGAUAAGAGCCAACGCUUUGUGAAUCAGUUGGACGCAAAUGUUGAAGUUGAAAUUGACGAACAUCGGAGCCCAACUUUGAAAAAAAAAAGUGUUCAAGAUAAAAACCAGAAGGAUCUUACACAUGCAUGGUCUAUGAAAAGAUUUUGCGCGAGCGAGUCGGAUAGUUUGGAAGAUGGAAAUCACUUUUUAUGUAGAGAAUUUUGCGUUUUGAAUGGUGACAGUGUAUGUACAAGUAGUAACAGUCUCAUUAAGUGUGAUAAUUCUUUAAAGCAUUCGCUAGAUUCUAAAAGUUUUGUUGAGCCAGUCGAGUGCACUUGCCACGCUGCAACACAAUUUAAUUGUGAUUGUGAUGAAACUUUAGCGAACUGUACUUAUCAGGAGCGUAUUAUCGACUACGAGAAUUUUCGAAUUAUUGAGCACGUCAUAGAUUGUGCACAAGAAAGUUAUCGGCAGCGCAGUGGAAAAAUGCAAUGCCCUUCCUCUUGGCAAGAUAUUAAGGACGAUAAUGUAGAUGACAAUAAAGAUGUGAAUUUAGCGUGCCGAGAAUUAGUUGCAUUUAUUGGAGAGAGCUAUCAAAUAAUCAACAAUACCCAAAGUUCUAUAUUACACGACCAAGAGCAAUCAACCAAUAAAAUUCUUGCCGAGACGCCUAAGAUCUUAGAGGUGUCCCGCUCUGAGAACCAGAUUGAAGAGAAAGAAUAUUAUGAUCACAGUUACGAUGCUGACCACUUCAUUUCACAAUCCACAAAUAGGAAUAUAAAAAAUAUUUUGGAUGAUAAUAAUAAUAAAAAUCUCUUGGAAGAAGUUGGAGAAAUUCAAAAACCGAAAACCAAUAGUCUAAUAGAAAGUAAUAUACCGGCCACUUCAGUUACCAUGACCUUUGAUCACCACCCCAAAAUUAUUCAGUCAAGGCCAAAAGAAGAACAAAUGAUGUCGAUGGACAAAAAUUCUACUCCUUCUGUAGCACUGGCUCUUAAGGCUUUAAAGUCAAAAUUAACGCCACUGGCUCCUUCAUUCCAUCCUGCACGGAAAAAAUUGCAAACCUCCUCGUCUGCAACUACUAUGUCAUCCUCGUUGUAUGCCUUUGGACAAACCUCAAUUUACUACCAAUCGCAGCCGCCACCGACAAAGCAGAAUUCACCGCAGCAGCAGCAUAUCCCAAUUAAACUCAAUGAAACGCGUCUUCAACAGCAUCUGCACGGGCAAGAUGAGCAACUACAACAGCAACAAAUUGUACCAAUAUUUCAAAGAAAUAAAAAUUGUGUAACAUCUUCUAUUGAACAUCAACAACACGUAAUACAGCAAAGCGACUCGUUGGGUGGUUUGCCACACAUUCAUUUGCAGAGUUUACCGACUUCAGGGGCCGGUGCAGCUACUACUGCUACAAAUUCGUCGCAACAAGCGCAACUCUAUCCAAUGCAAGUUAUUUCUUUGGCUCCGCCCAGCUUACCGUCUUCCAGCACUGCUGCUAUUGGGCCACAACAGAAAAAAAAUACUAUUUCCAGGGUGCUAGCAGCAACUCCCUGGCAUCUUUUGGAAGCAACGCCUGUUCUAAUCGAUACCAGAGGUGAACUUCAUACUUUCUGCCCGACACAUGGUCAUUCGCCGUUAAAUACGGUAUCAGCAGACGGAGCAGGUACCUUUCAAGGGCUGUCGCCAUUCAAUCUCACACAAAAUUGUCAAAGUACGUUACAGCACCAGAACCAAUCGCAAGUAUUUUCGUCUAUCCCAGAAGCACCUAUGAAAAUCAAUUCGGCUAAUCACUUGUUACAACAACAACAACGAAUAAAAAGUCAAAAUCAAAACGGCCUUCUGUGUCAUCAGCAACAUCAACAUCAUCAAUCGCACCAACAGCAUCAGCAACAACAUCAAGACUUGGAUUCCAGCAAUACUCUAAGAAUAUCUGGCAAAGUCUAUCAGGGUCCAACAGCGGUGCAAAUGGUUUCACAAAAUCGUCCUGCAACAAUAUCAGUACCGGUCCAAGUACCUCAAAAUCAAGUGAUGCAGCAAUAUGUUAAUGAAAGCAGCCCCUUUGCACAUGUUGUUUUAUCUCCCCAAUACCAACAACUCCAUUCCAGCCAAGGACAUAUGCAUGCCCCAUUCUUGACAGCAAAUGGAACUUCGCACUUUUAUUCGCCGCUUACGGCAGGAUUCGCUCCAGGCCCAGGUAGCGGGCCAACACAUUUUCACGCCUUAUCAAGUGGACACGUACAAACGCAACAAUCUACUCAACAGCAACAACCAGUUGUCCCGCAAAAACAGCAAACGCCGUCGCAACAACCUUUAUCACAUUCGCCUUCGCCUCCUAAUAGCUAUCAUAAAGAUGAACGCACCCAACGUCAACACACAAAGUUGCUUCGAAAACUUGAAAAACAACGCGAAUUGAAUUCCGGUAUGUCAACGCCGACGCAUGCUCCUUCUCCUCGCCAUAGCAUUUUAAAUGGAUUUCACAGUCUCUCAGUUGUCUCACCUAACAGUAGCGGGGUAAAUGGAACUAAGAACCAUGUUUCAACUCCUGGAAUAUUGACAACAGAUGCAACAAGUUCGAGCUCGUCUAUAGCAAAUUCAACCAAUAGUAUAAGAGGAUUGUCCACUCCCCAAAAUCAGUUCCAAAAUCACACUGAUAUUCAACCGGACUUAUCCUCGUCACAUUUGGUAAAAAAUUAUAGUUUUCAUUCCGGAACUACAAAAAAAUAUGAUAAGGUAACAACUACUGCACAUCUGCUAAACAAUGCAACUCAUCUUAAAAAGAAAAGAAGUGAAACUGACGCUCAAGAGGACACCUCUGAGAUGAAUUUAAAUACUUUUGAAGGUGAAGAAGACUGUCAAAGUUUGCUCAUAGAACAACUUUCUGCUAUACGCAAACCAAGCGUAAUUAACGUAACUUCAAGAUCGGCGAAAAUUAUUUGGGAAGCGCCAGUUAUUACGGACCCACAGAUCAAUAUUCGCGAAUUCCGUUACAAUGUGCUAUUUAGUGAUCGUGCUAAGGACGGAAAGUACAAGAGUUUAUACAAAGGUGAUUCGUUUGAAUGUAUUGUGCAAGAUUUGUUACCAGGACAGUUAUAUGUAGUCCGACUACAGGUGCAUUACGAAAAGUUACAGGGAUCUCCUUCUGAUCCUGCCGAAUUCACGACCCCACCAUGCGAACCAGAUCAACCUAUGCCACCAAAAUUAGUAAUGCGAACCAAAAAUUCAUUGCACUUGCGUUGGAAUAAUCCUGCAGCAAACGGUUCGCCCAUUCAACAUUAUUUGCUGGAAUAUGACGAGGGUAAAUCUGUAUCGUCUACUCGAGCAGCUCUCCAAAAUAUUGAUAAUGAAGUGCAGCAAUUUGUAGAAGCAACGAAAACUCGAGGCAAACACUAUACCCUUACUAAAUUACAUCCUUCUACUGCAUACAAUUUUCGUUUGGCUGCAAUCAACGAAAUGGGUAUGUCCUCGUACUCAACGAUCUGCUCAUAUGCAACUUCGGGUAAUCCGCCGACUUCACCGAAACCUCCGAAACUCCAGUCUAGCAGUUCAACUUCUCUUCGGCUUUGGUGGGAACGUCGACAACAAGAUGGCGAUUAUAUAUUGCAAAUUCUUGAUCGCGAGUCAGGUCAUGGGUAUCUUAACGCUUAUAAUGGUCCAGAUUCCAGCCACGAAUGCUCCCAACUGCGACGGGCGACGGCUUAUCAAUUUCGUUUACGAGCAGAAAAUGAGGCUGGUUGUUCCCCUUGGUCUAAUGAAAUUACUUUUCAAACUGCGCCAGAAAAGCCAGGGAGACCAGGAAAACCUUAUGUUAAAGGUAAAAUACAUGGAACCCACUUUCGAGCUCGAUGGGAUCCGCCCACAGAUACUGGUGGCGCCGAAAUUCUUCGAUACUAUCUCGAAAUUACGUCUGGUUCUAAAUUUGAACGCAUUUAUAGUGGGACUGAUACAGAGACUAAUUGUGACCGACUUCAACCGGGCACAACGUAUCAGUUGCGCACAUCUUGCGAAGGUCCUGCAGGCCUCAGUCCGUAUUCCGAUAUUGCACAUAUAACAUCAGAAGCCUUAGUACCUGCGGCCCCACCACCUCCAUAUUACGAUAAUCCGCCAGGGCGUAAUGUAGCGGUAUUAAGACUGGAAAAACCAGAUGACAAUGGCGGUGCGCCAGUUUUGGAAUUCGAGGUGCAAAUGAGACGUUCUUUGGAGGAACAAUUCGAUAUUGCAAAAAAAGUAAAUGAGAAAUCAAUUGUUUAUCACGGACGAGAUACAUAUUGUAUGGUCAAAGAUUUACAGCCUGGAUCUUCUUAUGAAGUUCAGGUGCGUGUAUUUAAUCGCAUUGGGGCAGGCCCUUGGUCUUCAUGGUUUCGUUUCUCAACAGCUGCGGGCCCACCAAACGCACCGCACGAUUUGAAAGUUACUGUCAAAUCCGCAACUCAUUUAUUUGUCAAUUGGGAAGAGCCUAGUUGUAAUGGUGCACCUAUUAUAGAAUAUCACCUAGAAAGUUUAACUGUUGAUAACGAAAAUGAAUCUAUUUUAGAAGAAUCAUCAGAAACGAGAACCUACCACACUUGUUAUCAAGGUGAGCAUAAAAGUAUCGAUUUACGUAAUUUAGCACCCUUUACAAUAUAUUACUUUCGAGUAAAUGCGACUAACACGGUUGGUGUGAGUAAGUGGUCCACAAGUAUUACGGCACGAACACCGGCGUCAGUACCUGCUGCACCACAAAUUAAAGACUGCGAAUUUACUGCAAACAAAGCAGUCUUCAAUUGGACAGAGCCUGAAUGUAAUGGGGCUCCCAUUACGGCAUAUAAUAUUGAAUAUGCAGAAAACUUACUUACUACGACGAAUGCAAAUACAAAUUACACCAUCACCGAAUUAAUUCCUGAAACAACGUAUAAACUCCGCUUACAAGCCAUUAAUAGCAUUGGUCCAGGACCAUAUUCAUCAUACACAAAAUUUACAACCUUGCCUUCGCCGCCAUUGCCACCUGUACUCGAAUGUACAGGAGUGGGACAUAACUUCGUAAAACUAAAGUGGGGUGAUGGCAAGAAUCUAGAUUUCACCAAGUACUAUGUAGAAAUGUUUGUACAGCGAGCAAAGGAGUUCCAAUUAGUUUACUCUGGUACGAGCUGUAUGUGCAAAGUUAACAAGCUGCAAGAGUGCACUGCUUAUACAUUCCGAAUAUAUGCAAGUACCGAUCGGGCCGGUACUGGCGACUUCUCAGACGAAUACACUUUUAAAACAACUCCUACAUUUCCGAGCAGUAUUAAAGCACCCAGGGUUGCCAUGGAAGGGGCUGCUGCUUGCUUAGUAACACACGGUGUUGGUGGAGGAAGUGGUUUUAUUCCAUCUGGAAUGAUUCCUGAAACGCCUACAAGUUUUAUUGCUGGUCUAGGUAACCUUUCUCUAGGCGUGCCACUUACUCUUGAAUGGCAAAAUUCAAAAAAUAGUUUUUCUGAUCGAGUUGAGUAUGUACUGCAGUAUGCGAUUGGCAAAGAUGGUGACUAUAAGCGGAUUUAUAGGGGUCCAGAGACCAAGUUUACAAUCGAAAACCUGGAACCCGGAGCAAUAUACCAAUUUCGAGUUUGCCCUAUCCGCGUCACAAUGGAUGGUGAAGACUUACAGGGCCAAUAUACUUCAGCAUUCCGAUAUCAAGUUCCACACUUUGCAGCACUUGAUCACAUUGACCACAACAUAUUAGGAAAUAUGACGAAUGUUUUCGGAACAAGCUCUACUGGUGUGAACGGUAACAGCAACGGAUCCUUGGGCUGUCACGGUCACUCCCACAUGGCCCAUCACGUUCAUAGCAUGCAUGCUCAUCACACUCACAACAAUUCUUCUCACAGUCAUUCGCAUCAUAACAGUAGACAAUCAUCAUCCGGUCUUCAUCAUCGUUCUGUAAGUGCAUCUGCUGCAAGCAGCAACAGCAGUGCCAACAUUAAUGGUAAUAGUAACAAUGGUAGCAACGCUAUACUUAUCGGUCCUAAUGCCAUUGGAUUAAUACCAUUGGGUACUGCGAUGGCCAAUGAAUUAUCCGCUGUUGGAUUUACUAACUGUGAGGAUCCACUACAUCACCACCACCACCAUCAUCAUCAUCAUCAAUUCCAUGGAACCAAUGUUGAUGAUGUGGAUGAAUCAGAGAUAUCUACGCAAACUACUGCAACAUUCUUAGCCGCUACUGCAAAUACUUUGCUAACAAACAACCCACUAUUAGCACAUGGUAUCGCUUCUGUCAAUCCAGUUCAACAUGGUGCUGUACGGCGUUGUAUGAGCAAAUUAACUACGAUAUAUACAAACAGAAAACGUUUUACUGAUCAGGAAAAAGCAGUCUUGUUUAUGGUUUGUUUUCUAUUUUUUACAUUCUUGUUUGCAACGCUUGUUAAAGCGUUAAUGCGAUAAAACCAAUAGCAAGGUUUUGCAAAACGACAAGAUAACUCUAUUAAUAUGAUAUGAAAACAUACUUUGAAAGCAAAAAUUUUUAAUGAGCUCAAAUAUCUAAUGUUUAAAUGUGAAGAUAUAUGUACACACGUGAAUAUAAACAUAUACAUACAUGGUGAAAGUUUAUAACAUAAUUCAUAUUAAGUAGUUGGCUACAUUGUAUAUUUUUUAUUUAUAUUUAUAAUAAACAAAUUGCUUAUAA